AUGCGAUCGAGUCGGACCAUUGCGCGGGUCAUAGGCACCAGUCUCGCGCUGGCUGUGCCCCUCGUGCAUGCAUUGUCGCCGCGUACAUCGAUCUCCGAUUCUUAUGAUUUUGUAAUUGUUGGUGGAGGUCAGGCUGGUCUCGUACUAGGUAGUCGACUGUCGGAGGACUCCAACUACACCGUCCUUGUUCUCGAGUCGGGCGGCAAUGGAGAUGAAUAUCGAGAACGUAUAGAUACUCCAGCGUACUCCUACUUUGACUCUCUGUGGACGACGCCUUUGAAUUGGGGUUACUAUACAGUUCCUCAGCCUAAUGCCUACGAUCGCGAAAUCUACUGGCCUCGUGGCAAGGUUCUUGGAGGGAGUUCCGCCAUCAAUGGACUGUAUUUGACUCGCCCGGGAGAGAUUGAGAUCAAUGCCUGGAAAGACAUGUUGGGAGACAUGGAUGGGGCCGAGAAUUGGGGAUGGGAUUCGUUCUACGCUGCGAUGAAGAAAAGCGAAAAUUUCACAGCCCCAUCCGAUAGUAUCGCACAAGAGGCAAACAUCACAUGGAAUACGGCAGACCAUGGCACGAACGGACCAAUCCACGCAUCAUAUCCUGGCUUCACGUUUUCUCAAGUCGGGCAGUGGGAAGAAUCACUAGUGAAUUUGGGCAUUGCCGCUUCCAGCGACAUGUAUGGUGGUCAGCCAUGGGGCGCCGAGGUGUCCACUUCAUGCAUCAAUCCUACGAACUGGACUCGGUCCUAUAGCCGCACCGGAUAUCUCGACCCGCUUCCAGACAAGGGCAACUACGAUGUGCUUGCUAAUGCUCAUGUCACUCGCAUUCUUUUCGACAAUUCGACCUCCUCCGGCAGUCUCACCGCGAACGCCGUUGAGUACACGACCAAUAAUGGGACGACCAAACUCACGGUCAAGGUUAACAAAGAAGUUAUCCUCGCGGCUGGUACGAUCGGUAGUCCAGCUGUCCUGCUUCAUAGCGGCGUCGGCCCAAAGGACGUUUUGUCUAACGCUGGCGUGGAUCUUGUUUCCGAACUUCCUGGUGUCGGCCAGCACCUCCAAGAUCAUCUCAGCGCAACUGUGACAUGGACUACGAAUGUGGAAACUGCAGGCUCGAUAUUCUACGAUAAUGGUAGCGAAAGGAACAACCCACUAUUCCUUACUUACAUCGACGAUGCCGUUGCAUAUGUGAACGCUACCGGGAUCUAUGGUAGCCAAGUCGAGCAAUUCAAGUCGACUAUUCUCAGUUCAAUCAGUCAGUACAAACCGAAUACGACUUACGACAACGGAGUUGUUGAUGGAUACACGGCAAUUUGCAACAUGACCGCAUCUACGAUAUUCGAUAGCCCGAUCGGCCAGAUUGAAAUUCUCUUCAUGAACAGCGAUGGACAUGGCGAUAUAGGCAUUACUGCCGCUCUGCAGCAUCCUUAUAGUCACGGCCGCAUCUACAUCAACUCCUCCAAUCCAAUGGACUAUCCGGUCAUUGACCCGAAUUAUAUGUAUAACCCGGCUGAUUAUGAGAUUCUGCGUGAAGGGCUGAAACUUGCCCGCAAACUAGGCGAGACUGCCCCAGUAAGUAGUACGCUGACAAACGAAACAUCGCCCGGCUCAUCUGUUCAAACCGAUGAUCAAUGGCUGGAUUGGAUAAUGAAGUCCGCUGGUACGGAAUUUCACCCGUCGUCAUCUUGCGCGAUGCUUCCCCGUGAACAGGGUGGCGUUGUUGACGCGAAUCUUCGCGUAUACGGCCUUGCGAAUGUUCGAGUCGCAGACGCCAGUGUUCCCCCUAUUGCAUUGUCCACACAUUUGAUGGCUUCGACGUACGGUGUUGCCGAGCAAGCGAGUAUUAUCAUUCGGAAGUAUUAUGAUGGAGCGCAGGCUACGACGGCACCUUCCUUCAGCGCUUCGUCUUCCAAUACAACUGCCACUGGUAUCUCGAGCAAGCACUCUAACGGUAGCGCUCAUAGAAGCGGAUACGCUGUUUUAGUCCUUGCAUGGAUGCCGUUGAUGAUCACUCUUGUGUUCGGCGGUUGGAGCUAA